ACGAUUCACAAUUACACACAUUUACUUUUUAUUUACCAGCAUUAAGUCUAUGCGCCACAUGAACUCAGUUAUCAAAGUCUGUUAUGAAUUGUGGAGGACAAUGAUUCUUAAAUCUGUGUUUUUCCUCUGUUUACUAGUCGGUGUGUUUGGUGCAGACACAGAAAACACUGAAACCGUGUCGGUGAUGGUGGGAGAUUCGGUCACUCUGCACACUGACAUUGGCACAGUCAGGAGGAACGAUCACAUCAUGUGGAUGUUUGGACCUGACAGUCCAGACAACCAGAUAGCAGAUCUCAUGAAAUGGUCCUACAUGCUCUCCAUAUACGUGAGUGGAAAGAUGCCGUUUGGAGACAACCUGCAGCUGGAUCAUCAGACCGGAUCGCUGACCAUUAAGAACACUGUAUCCGAACACUCAGGACUUUAUAAAUUAACUAUCAUCCACAACAGAAAGACUUCCCGCAAGAAGUUUGAUGUUAAAGUCUAUGCCCCUCUCCCAGUUCCCAUCAUCACCACUGACUCUUCUCAGAACUCAACAGCGGCAGAAAGAUCUGCCGGUCCAGCGUGUGUCCUGAUGUGUUCGGUGGCGAAUGCGUCCCGGGCGACUCUGUCCUUCUUCAAGGGCAGUGAUUUGGUGUCCAGCGUCAGCAGCUCUGAUUUCAGCAGCUCGCUCUCUCUGCCUCUGGAUGUGGAGUAUCACGAUGAAAACAGCUACAGCUGUUUGGUCAAUAACUCCAUCAGCAACCACACCACACUCUUCAACAUCACAGAUCUCUGCCAGCCGCCUUCGGGUACAUCAGACGACUCACUGCUAUACUGUCUGGUGCUGCUGGUGCUGAUUCCUGUCGCUCUCACAGUGACAGCUGUCAUAUUGUGUGUCUGUAGAAAACAGAGAAAAGCAGAACAAGAGACUGAUGAAAACUGCUAACGCUAUAGAGAACUGUGAGGAUGAAAUACUGUGUACCAAACGUGCACAAACCUGAAGAAAGUAUGAAGAGACUGUAUUUCUGCACACACUGAAUAACUCUGUUAGUGUUUAGCAAAGGUUCUUUAUUUAACUGUUUUUAAUAGAAUGUUUAAUUUAUUUAUUGAGUGUGUUUUGUCACCAUCACUCAGAAUGUCCGUCCAGACAUGAUGAAAAUGAUGGUUUCAUGCAGACUGUUUUUAAUCCUUCAUUCGAUCCAAACAUGUGUCUCUCAAUGCUGCUAACUGAAGAAUUAAAGCAGUGUGGUUUGUUAUAUUUCACUUUUGUGAUUGCUGUGAAGAGAAACUUGAUCGAUGAUGUUUUAAAGAUUGUAAAUGUAUUUUAUUAAGAUUGUAGCAGUUUCAGUAGCUGCUCUACUGCUGCUUUUGUUCUGAAGGGAAACAUUGUCUGUUAACUUAUCAUUGUCAGUCUAUA